GUUUUUUUUUGUGUUGUGAAAAUUAGUAACAGGUGUUUUAAGAAACUGUCAUUCUGUUAUCGUCUAUUGACAAUUUAUUAUCGUUUAUAUAAAUAUUUCUAAUCUCAUCAUCAUGUUCAGAAGAUUUAUUUUUGGAUUCAGACAGACAAAAUUCUUUCAAAGAACUGUAUCAACCCAAAUUUUUUUGCAGAAUAAAUGGAAAAAAAGAGCAAUUAUUGCACCUCCAGUAGCAUCAAUGGCUCUAUGGGGUUUCAAUAAAAAAGAUGAUGACAAUGACAACGUAAUAACAAAUAAACAAGUACUACUUGCAAAAGCUGAUGCACUCUAUGAAAAUAGUGAAUAUCAAAAUGUUUAUGACUUGCUAAAAAAAUACAAGGAAAAUAAAGAUGUUGAAAUAUUAUGGAGAUUGGCAAGAACACUUUUCAACAUGUCAAAAACAGCAAGUGAUGUUGAAGGAAAAAAAAUGAUUUAUGAAGCAUAUGAAUUGAUUGAUGAAGCAUUAAAAUUAAAAGAUGAUCAUUGGGCUGUUCAUAAAUGGUUUGCUGUUGUAUUGGAUAAAAAAAAUAAUUAUGAAGGAAUUAAAGCAAGAUUAAAUUCACUUUACACUGUCAAGACACAUUUAAUGAAAGCAUCAGAAUUAAAUCCAAAUGAUGCAACAACUCUUUAUAUGCUUGGUAAUUGGUGUUAUCAAGUUGCAGAUUUAGCAUGGUAUCAACGAAAAAUAGCAAAUACAAUAUUUGGAAAAGUACCAGAAUCAACAUUUGAUGAUGCAUUAAUUUAUUUUGAAAAAGCUGAAAUUGUUGAUCCAUUAUUUUACAGUCAUAAUUUAUUAUCACUUGGCAAAACUUAUCUUAAACUUGGUAAAAAAACAGAAGCUAUUAAAUAUUUAAAAAUGACUACUGAUUAUUUAGCUAGAAAUAAUGAUGAUCAUGCUGCUAAAGUUGAAGCUUCAAAGAUAUUGGUUUGUAAUUAAAGUUAAGAUGAAGUCUGUUAAAUCACUAGAGUUGUUACGUGACACAGAAAAAUUACUUGAACUAUUGCUGUCGAGUUUAAUAGUAUUUGAUUGAUGAUUGUAUAGUUGCUCAGCUUGAUCCACAUCAACAUCAUCAUUACCAUAUAAAUCAGGAAACAAUGACUCGAUUGUUUGACACGUUUGCUUUAUAUUUAAAAUUACUUUUUGAGAAGCUCUUGACAUUUUUAAAUGAAGAUUUAUUAAAGUACUAAAAUAAGAAAAAAAAUCAUAUAACACACGAAUAUAAUUAAACGAAUUGCAUAAAUUUAAUUUUUUAAAACUCAAAUUUAAAACACUAACCUGAAUUUAAUUGUUUGUUUAUUGAUAGAUAUUAUAAUAGCUUUAUAAUAUCAAAAAUUAAUGGCACAAUAUUUUUAAUUUAUACACUUAUUUUAUCACUUUGAGGAGAACAUUGAGGUCUUUAUUCGAAGGAGUCGACUGAAUAACUGACUAUUAUUUGUCACGGGGUUUUUUUUAAAUGAUCAUUUUGGAAAUUUCCAGAUAAGAUAACGCCGAGUUUGUAUCGUCAUAGGAAAUUUUUGAAUGAGUCAUUCUUAUAAUUGUGUGUUUUUACUAACGAAUAUUAUAAUUAUGGGAAAUAUUUAAAUAAUGUAUACUAAGAAUUUUUUA